AGGGGGCUCGAGGGGCGGAGGAGGGAGCGAGCGCGGAGGGCGCGCGUGCGCAGUGGCGCGGGGAGGAGCAGGCACCCGGCGGCAGGCGGGGAGGCUGCGAGCAGCCGCGAACCGGGCGGGCGCGCGCACCAUGGGGGAGAAACCGGGCACCAGGUUGCUAGGAGCGACAGCUUCAUCUUGGGGGAGCAGAGUGCAUGACGACCCCCCACUUCCAUUCGGGGCCUUACCCCUCUUCCCGGAGGGUCUUCAAGAAGUCAAGCCCUAACUGCAAGCUCACUGUGUACUUGGGCAAGCGGGACUUUGUGGAUCACCUGGACAAAGUAGAUCCUGUGGAUGGCGUGGUGCUCGUGGACCCAGACUACUUGAAGGAUCGCAAAGUGUUUGUGACCCUCACCUGCGCCUUCCGCUAUGGCCGCGAGGACCUGGAUGUGCUGGGCCUGUCCUUCCGCAAAGACCUGUUCAUUGCCACCUACCAGGCCUUCCCCCCCGGGCCCAACCCACCCCAGCCCCCCACUCGCCUGCAGGACCGGCUGCUGAGGAAGCUGGGCCAGCAUGCCCACCCAUUUUUCUUCACAAUACCCCAGAACCUGCCCUGCUCUGUCACCCUGCAGCCAGGCCCAGAGGACACGGGGAAGGCCUGUGGAGUAGACUUUGAGAUCCGAGCCUUCUGUGCCAAAUCUCUAGAAGAGAAAAGCCACAAAAGGAACUCUGUGCGGCUGGUGAUCCGAAAGGUGCAAUUUGCCCCGGAGAAACCCGGCCCCCAGCCAUCAGCAGAAACCACACGCCACUUCCUCAUGUCUGACCGGUCCCUGCAUCUAGAGGCUUCCCUGGACAAAGAGCUGUACUACCACGGGGAGCCCCUCAACGUCAACGUCCACGUCACCAACAACUCCACCAAGACCAUCAAGAAAAUCAAAGUCUCUGUGAGACAGUACGCUGACAUCUGCCUCUUCAGCACUGCCCAAUAUAAGUGUCCUGUGGCUCAGAUCGAACAAGAUGACCAGGUGUCACCCAGUUCCACGUUCUGCAAGGUAUACACCAUCACCCCGCUGCUCAGUGACAACCGGGAGAAGCGUGGUCUUGCCCUGGACGGGAAGCUCAAGCAUGAAGACACCAACUUGGCCUCCAGCACCAUCGUGAAGGAGGGGGCCAACAAGGAGGUGCUGGGUAUCCUAGUGUCCUACAGGGUCAAGGUGAAGCUGGUGGUGUCUCGCGGCGGGGACGUCUCUGUAGAGCUGCCAUUUGUCCUCAUGCACCCCAAGCCCCACGACCACAUCACCCUCCCCAGGCCCCAGACAGCUGCUCCUGACACAGACGCCCCUGUGGACACCAACCUCAUUGAAUUUGAUACCAACUACGCCACAGACGAUGAUAUCGUGUUCGAGGACUUUGCCCGGCUUCGGCUAAAGGGGAUGAAGGAUGAGGACUACGAGGACCAGUUCUGCUAGGAGGAGGGCUCAGGUGCUGCUGGGAGAGGGGGGUCCCCGCCUCUGCCCUCCCUCCACGCAGCAGCCUCCCCACCCCCCCAGCCGCCCCCAGACAUGCACUGGACCCAUCUCCGUGGAACAUGGGCAUUAUUUUUUCAACUCCAGUUGUGCCUCCCCAACUAACCAACCCCCCAGUGGGUGGCAGGCUGUGUUCACACCUACGUUUGUGGAGGGGGCUGCGAAAGAGACAGGAGGGAAGGUGGGGAGAAGGAAGCCCCAUGUGCACCAUCACAGCAACAGCUUCCCUUCCCUUCCAGAGGACACCCUUCUGGGGGGGGGCAAGGCCACUUCUUUGUUUCUGAGCAUAAAGAAGAAAAUAAACCUUGGAAUAGGCACGCGCA